UACAAAAAUAAUAUUCCAUCUAAAACAAAUGGGAAGUAAUUUCAAGCAAAAUUAAAUAAUGUCUGAAUUUAUAUAUUAUUUUUCCUUGUUAGUUUGCAUAUCACUUGGUAGCUAUUAUAAGAAAAUAACGGAUAUGGAUAUGAAAAGAAAUUACGGGACAGGACUAGGCUUGUUAUUAGUCUGCUUGAUCAGUGGUCAUCACGUGUACCACUCCGCACUCAUGGUUUGGGGGAAUAUUAUCAUUAUCAAAUGCUGUGACAGGCGAUAUUUACACCAAAUUAGCUUGGCUUUCACAUGGAUAUACUUGAUAUACCUUCACUUAAACGUAACGAACAUUUACAUAAUUUGGCUGAAUCAAACGUUAGCCUUAAAACUAGUUGGAUUAGCUUUCGAAAUGAAUGCAGUUCAAAUAAGGACGGAUGCUAAGGGAAUAAACGUAUCGAAAAUUAAUAUUAAAGAUAUUGACAGUCUUGCCCCAGAACCCAGUGCCGCUGAUAUUAUUGCAUAUUCUUAUUAUUUUAUUGGGCUUCAUAGAGGUCCUUAUUACAGGUGGAAAAUUUUCGAUGAUCAUUUCAAUGCCCCUUUCGGAGCUCUAGGGGAUUGCAGGAUUAUAACCGAACAAAAAUUAAAAAAAGCUAUUGUAUGUUGGCUUGGAUAUUUGCUAUUGCGCUCAAAAUAUUCUCCAGAGCUUUAUUAUGAAGACGUAUUUUACAAUAUGUAUGGAGCUGAUUUUCGCUACUUGUACAAUAUACCGCAAUUAACGAUGUAUCUCCUCCACUGGAAGACGGUCAUGAUGUUAUGCACGAGUGUCUUCACUGAAGCUGGGUUCGGAGUGUACCCGGCUAAAUGUCAGCCAAUACCAGGAUUUGGACCAUCUACUCAUUUAAGUUUUGUUACAUUGGCGACUACUUCCACUAAUGUGGCACUUGAAGAGGAAUACAAUUUCUCCAUGCUGAAGUGUUUUGAUGUUGAAGGGUUGCUCAUAGGGCCCAAGAUGAAGGAUACGAUGCGGAGUUGGGACAUGCCCACACGCUAUUGGUUUUGGGCAUAUGUACAAAAAACAUUUGUCAAGUCAAAUAAAGAAGUGAGGAGUGCUUUUUCUCUUUUGGCUUGGACGUUGUGGUCUGGUCCGACAUUACCUCAAUUCAUAAUAGCUUCUACGCUGUGGGUUUACGUUCACCUUGAGGCAGAGUACAAUGUGCUAUACGAUACAUCCGGCGCACUAAAACUUCCUUGGGACAUCGGCUUCUCAAUAAUGCGUAUGUUUUGUCUACUGUACCUGACUCCGUGUUUCGUUAUCAAGAAUACUGAUAUCGUAUUGAGGUAUUAUAAUUCAAUUUUUUGGGUUUUCCACUUGCUACUUGUCUUUUUGAUGAUUUAUUCAGUUAUAGUUUAUAAAACUAGAAGAAGCUUAUGAUUAAAUUUCGAUGAACA